AUGAGCGAACUACUCGCCUACCUCGUGGAAAAUGAUAAGAAUUUUCGAAAAGCCCGUCUGCCAGCCCUCUACUCCGACUUCCGCCCGCAACGAACCCUGAACCCCGAUGGCUUCGCCGCCAACGUCGCCGCCUGGAAGCGCGGGCUCUCCCACGCAGCCAUAGCGGGCCACGCGCCCUCCAAGUCGCCGACCCGAAACCACAUGAUCCUCGAGCUCGACGACUCGCUCCUUCGCGCCCUCGAGAGCAAGCAGUACGGCCCUCCCCUCGCACUGGGCACCGUUUUGCAGGAGGCGCUCGCGGCGGGCGAGCUGAUGCCCCUACAUCAGUUCUUGACGGCAAAACAGAGCAUAUACUACAAGUCGUGGGCACAUGUACCGCUGACGGUGCUGGGCUGGGGACUGCGGCAGGUGGGAAUAGUGGGUGGUCCCGGUGACGCCAUGCCCAAGGGCCAGUUCGUUGUGCUGGCGAACCUGGAGGAUGUAGCAAAGAUUUUCGCAGAUGCUGCGGCCGAUCGGGCGUCGCCGUUCGAGCGCACAUUCUCCAAGGAACAUUUCCGAAGAACGUUCGAGGCGAGUUUGCUAGAAGGACGAAGGCUGUCCGAGGCGGACUUUGAGGUGCUUGUCAAGUUCCUCUCACGGGACAAGGAAGUGCUGGCUACGGAGGGGACUACGAUCAAGAUACGGAAUUCGGCAGAGACGGAGGGCGCCACGAUCUCGGAGGAGGACUCGGCGAUCGCGUCGUUGAAGGAGCUGAUGGAAGACCUGACGCACCAGACGGAAGUACUGAGCCGGCGGAUCGACGAGCUGAGCAUCGCAGCCCAGGACGCCGUGCGUAGGAAGAACCGCGUGUCCGCGCUGGCGGCGCUCAAGUCCAAGAAACUGGCCGAGUCGAACCUCGCAACCCGCCACGCCACGCUCAACCAGCUGGAAGAGGUGGCGGCCAAGAUCGAGCAGGCGGCCGACAACGUGCAGCUCGUGCGCGUGAUGCAGUCGAGCACGGCGGCGCUGCGGAACCUCAAUGCGCAGGUGGGCGGGGCCGACAAGGUCGACGCCGUGCUGGACAGCCUGCGCGAGCAGAUGGGCGAGGUGGACGAGGUAGGCAACAUCAUCGCCGAGGCGGGACCGUCGGACGCGAUGGACGAGACGGAGGUCGACGACGAGUUCGAGGCUAUGCUCGCCGAGGAGCGGAAGAAGGACGAGGAAGCAGAGCGGAUCAAGCGCGAGGCGCAGCAGGAGCAGGAGGCAGAGGAGACCAGACGGAAGUUGGCCGAGCUGGAGAAGCUGGCUCCGGUGCCUGUACAGGGUCAGGGUCAGGGGCAGGGGCGGGAACGGGAACGGGAGACGAGACCAGAUACGCCCGUUACGGCGACGGCGAGUGGGCUGGAAGAGAUGCAUAUAGACACGACGGCAGAUGGUGCAGAGAAGACGCAGGCAGACCAGGUAGCGGCGGAAUAG